CACCUUAGAAAACCUUAAAAAGGUCUGCUUAGGUACGGAAGCCAGCGGAACUUUAAGAGCCGGGCUGACGCGGAAGGGAAUCCGGACGGAAGGCAGCCCUUUCAAACCACAGCGGGUUUAAGACUUCCGCCCCGCAGAGCACUUGCCAGCACUCUCACCCUCCACGUCCGCCCAGCUCUAGUUCUGCGCAGUCUCCUGGCAAGAUUUGCCGUCUCUAUGGCAACCCGGUAGCUGGCGUCGGAAGAUGGAGACCUCUGAGUCUACUGACAGAUCACAGUCGCGAUCUUUAGACUUACAGCCCAGCUCGGACGGACUAGGGUCCAGUUCCGAUCCCUUUUCUUGGGAUGGCCGUCAUAGAUCGGCCCUGGUAGCUGCAUCCGCCGCGGCUUCAGCAGCUGCUACAGCCGCCUCCACUGCCAGAGCAGCUGCAUUAUCGACCAAGAGCCCAGCCCCCUACUCUCAUGGGAACCUGCUCACGGAGCCCUCCUCUGACAGUCAGGCAGAGCGCUACACUGCGCCCAGAUUUACCUACAAGAAAAGCCAUGGGAGACUCGGUUUUCAGCCUGUCGGUGUUUCCCGUAUUGCUGGGAAUCCCUAUACUACAAAUGACCUAAGCUCUAGCCGUGGCCCUAUUCCUGGCUCCAGUUCUGGCCCUGUUCCUGGCUCCAGCUCUGGCCCUGUUCCUGGCUCCAGCUCUAGCCCUGGUCCUGACUCCAGCUCUGACCCUGGACCUAGCUCCAGUUCUGGUCCUGGUGGUACCCCUGGUGGUGGCUCUGGUCAGGGUCCUGGUGGUGGUUCUGGUCAAGGCACUGAUCUUGGUCCUGCUGUUGAUUCCAGGCAUAGCCCAGGCCAUGGCCAUGGCCCUGGGUUCAACUUCUCUGCUCCUGUAGGCUUCAGAAACCCCAGGGGAGAUCUUAUCCCUAAUUAUACCGGCUGCAAACACCACUGUCACUGGGAGCCACAGAAACAAUCCUGGAAAUUUUUGAAAGUCUCAGAACCUGGUGCCCGAGGGCUGUGGAAGCCCCCCGAAGUUGAAGGGAAGAGUACGGUUCUCAGUGAAACACUGCCACGGGGCCAGUGCCUUCUCUACAACUGGGAGGAGGAGAGAGCCACCAACUACCUGGAUCAAGUCCCAGUCAUGCAGGAUGGCUCUGAGAGUUUCUUUUUCCGACACGGACACCGAGGACUGCUGACCCUGCAACCACAGUCACCUAUGUGCUCCUGCACCACCCAGAAAGACUCAUACCAGCCCCCAACAAGCCACUCUCAGCCAAUCCGAGGGAAGCGUGAAGCCAUACUGGAGAUGCUCUUGCGCCAACAAAUCUGUAAAGAGGUGCAGGCAGAGCAGGAACCCACAAGGAAGGAGCCUGAGGUCGAGUCUGUGACACACCACGACUACAAAAAGGAGCUGGUGCAGGUGGGGCCUCCUGCCCCGACAAAGCUCCACGACUACCGUACAGAGCAGCCUGAAACCUUCUGGCUAGAGAGGGCACCACAGCUUCCGGGUGUCAGUAACAUCAGGACCCUAGACACGCCGUUCCGGAAGAACUGCAGUUUCUCAACGCCCGUGCCUCUGUCGCUGGGGCAGCCAUUGCCCUUUGAACCUGAGAGUUAUUCCCACCAGGGAGAAAUAUCUUCCCUUGCCUGUCAGGGAGGGGGGAAGGGUGGUGGAGGGGGUUGAACUACUCCUGUCUAAGGGCUGAGGAGGCAGGUAGCUGUGGAACAUGGAAUCUCCUUCUCUCUGUGCUGGAGAGGUGGGGAGGAAGUGAAUUUGGUCUGUACUUAGUGACAGGGUUUUACAUAAAAAGUGUUCUCUCAUCCUGAGACUGCUGAUU